AUGCCAUUUCGCCAGGCGGCCACUAGUCGUACACUGGCAACUGCGUGUGACAUGGGUGAAGUCACCUCCUCACCCCAUCCGAUAGGCAUGAUAGUAGGACUGAACGGGAAAGGGGCCGAUGUCUAUACAAUCGUUCCCGUGCAAGUGACCAAAGAUACAGCGAAGCAACAGUACCAACCUGAGGUCCACACAGAGCCACGAACGGCUUGCCAGCGGAAGCCGAAGGACAGAAGACAGUCAGAAGUGGAACCCCUGAAGGGGACUCAUGAUCAAUGGAAGCUCUCUGUGCGAAAGGCACCAAACCGAACGUCCACGAGACGCGGAAAUGGGGACCCACAACGAUCUAUAAUCCGAGAGAAGGCCUUCGUUCCGACUCGUGAUCCGAGCGUUCAGCUGAACGCGGGAACGGAGAAUACACGGGUUCAGAAGGUAGAAGCCCCUGAGCGUUUUCGCACAGACACAGCGCAGUGCGGCUGUCGCAUUGGGAGGAAAGCGAUCCCUGGGGAUUACGCCAAGAAGGGCGCAGACGACGCAAUGUUUAGUUCAGACCUAUACUUUGAGAUCCGGGACAAGUGA